AUGUCUGACUACGGUGAUCACGGCGAUGCAGACAACUACGACUACGACCCCGCGGAGCAACUCGACGAGCCCGAUGACUUCUUAAACCCCGAGGAUGUCGACAACGAAGUAGGCGCCGACGGUUAUGGCGACGACUCGUAUGCGCCGGAGGUCAACGGCGAUCGCGUCGUUGUUUCGGGUGACCCCAAUGCUGGCUACUCGGGCAAGGUGAUGGAACAGGCGCGGGAAAAGAAAGUGCCGAACGAAGAGCGCACGACGACUCCCUACAUGACCAAAUACGAGAGAGCGCGAGUCCUGGGUACCAGAGCCCUGCAGAUCAGUAUGAAUGCUCCGGUGCUGGUCGAUCUCGAAGGUGAAACGGAUCCUUUGCAAAUUGCUCUCAAGGAGUUGAAUCAGAAGAAGAUUCCUCUGAUUGUGAGGAGAUAUCUGCCUGACGGAUGGUACGAGGACUGGACAUGUGAAGAACUGCUUUAG